GGAUCGCUCUUGUCUGGAGGUUUUUAUUUAUCUGAAGCUGCACCUUGCUGUGCCACUUUGAGCCUGCAGAGGGCGAUGUCUGACAACAGUUCGAGCACAGGCAGCAGCUCGUCCUCCACCAACAGUUGGACCCUCCUCUCCCCUGAGGACGGCGCUGUCGAAAGUUUGGGACCUGUUGAUGACGGGACUGAGAGCUUGGGAGAUGUUCCCAGUCUGUCUGAGGAGGUGGCAGGAGCUGCUGCGGAGUUCAAACCAUGUGACGCCACAGUAGAAACUGUGCUGUCGGAGGAGGGCCAUCAGGUGUGCCAGGAGACUUCUCCUGAGUCCAGUGAAGGUCCCAUCCCUUCAAGCCCAGCUGGGUCCAGUCCUCUGCCACACACUCCCUUGGACUGUGAAGACCUGGACUUGGAGAGUCAGCCUCCCAUCAUCCAUGAGAUUGACACCAGCUCACCCAGUGACAACGAGACCCUGGGAGCCACACCUUUUGUCACCAACAUUAAUGUGGAAGCUCAGCUGGAUGUUCCCUUAGCUGACCUGCCCCCCCUUGAGUUUGAGGAGCCCUUCUCUGUGUCUGCCCUGACCAGCGUUCCCAUCUGUACAGCGGUGUUUGACAAACCUGCCGAUGUUGACCAGGUUCAGGUGAACCCUGCUGAGGAGGUCGCUGAACCUGAGGUUGAAAUCCCCACAGCGACCACCACUGCUACAGAUGCUCCACCUCACGUGGACGCCGACAUCAGCUCGGCUCCAGAAACCACAGAGCUGCAAAGCCCUGAGAGUCUGAUGGCUAAAGAGGAAGAGGAGGAAGAAGGAGAAGAAGCAGAUGGACCUCCUGCACCAGAGACUGUCGGUGCAGUAGAGGAAGAAGAGGAGCAACAGGAGGAGGUGCUGGAGGAUGAGGCAGCAGAAAAAUGGGAGACAGAGGUUCAGGAGGAAGAAGAGGAGCCGUCAAUUAGUUUUGAUUCAGGCGACAGCGGCGGCUUCGAUGACGGACUGAGGAGGAGGAACGUUCCCUUCUAUGACGCACACAGACCCAGGACUUCAGAUGAGGAGGAAGAGGAAGAGGAAGUGGAGUUCAAGUUAGAAAAGAAGGAGGAAAAGCCCUGGUUCUCCCUCAACAAAUGCAUUGUGGGAGCUGUGGUGCUUCUCUUUUUAGGUUCCCUCUUCCUCUCAGGUGACUUUGACGCCUCUGAAGUGAGUGACGGUGAACAGAGCCAGGACUGGCCCAGCGGUGAUCCGCAGGAAAUGAAAGAGUUAUUGGAUAAACUGACCCAGGAAAACCAACACAUUGCUCUGUUGGAGGCUCAACUAAAGUCCCAGAAAGAGGAACUGACCUCAGCACUUCAGGCCGUGGCUGAAAGCGGUGACCAAAAGAGAAAAGCAGAUCUGGAAAAGGAAAAUGCAAGAUUGAAAGAGGAGCUGUCAUCUCUGCCCGAACUGAGGAGGGAGCUGGAGAGUCUGAGGGCAAGAGUGACAGAAGUCAACCAGCUCACAGCUGAUCAAACAGUACCGCAGGCUACUCCAGGUUCAUUACCGCAGCCAGCAGACGAGGAAGUUGAGAGCAGCCAAAAAGCUGCUGCACCUGAGAGGAGCCAGGAGACGAGUGAAGGAGCCAAGGUGAAGGACGGACUUCAGAGGCAGAAGCUUCUGUUGGAGGAGAGCAGGAAGAGGCUGGAGGGGAUGAAACACGGGGGAGGCAGCAGGAGGGACGUGCGGGAGAGCCUAGAGGUGAUUCAGCAGAAGCUUUCUGACAGAGUUGAAAGGUGGGAGAAGAAGAAGCCGCAGGAUUUCAAAUGGAAAGGCAACAAAGAGCCCGGCAAAGAGAAGGAACAUUGGAAAAAGGAAGGGAAGAAGGAGUGGAAGGGAGAGAAGGAGUGGAAACACAACAAAGAUGGAGGACGGAAGGACAAAGGUGAGAAGAAAGACAAAGAAUGGAAGCACGGUAAAGAUGGAGAACGGAAGGACAAAGAGGAGAAGAAGGAGAAGGUGUGGAAACAUGGUGAAAAGGGAGGCUGGAAGGACAAGGAGGAGAAGAAGGAGAAGGAGUGGAAACCUCAGAAGCACAACUCCCACAAAGAAGCCUGGAGGAAACACCAGGAUGAGUGGGAGAAAAGGAAGGAUGAGCGCAGAAUGGACAGGGAGGAGAGGAGGAAGGAGAAACCCUGGCACACUCAGUCUGAGAAAGACCACCACCACAGUCACCACCACCACAGUCCCCACCCGCAGCACCACCGCCACCAGCCUCGCCAGACUCCUCAGCCACACCACAAUGAUUUCUGGAGAGACCAGGAACAGAAGCUCAGGCGGAACCUCCGCCCUCAGCUGGGCUGCAGCUCCGUAGAGGACUGCGCCGGCAAGGAAGGGCUGUAUGCGGUGGAGCUGUCGGAGUUCGAGGAACUCCUGGAGGGCUACCUGAGCAAGCUGGAGGGCUCCUCGUCCGAGAGCAAGGACAAGAUUCGAAAGCUGACUGCAGGGUUUUUCGAGGAGGGAGUGUUUGUCCACGACAGAGUUCUGUUCAGCGACUUUGCAGAGGACAUUGCAGACAUUCUGGAGGACAUGGUGGAUGUUUUGGAGGACAAUGAUUCCUUGGAGGAGGAGAUGGAGGAGUUUGAACGUGAAGCCCUCUGGAAGUUCGCCGCCACAGCUUAAAUACAGACAGCCGUAGAGAGAGCAGGGCAUUUCAACACUAAGACCCAGUGAAGGACCAGUGGUGGCUCCUCCCACUCCCCCCCCCCCCCCCCCUCCUAACAGCUGUAAUUGUAGUCGUUUCUGGUACACGGUGGUUGUGCCUGUCAUAAAUGUGGUCCUCCGACUCUUUAAUUAUCAGCUUGUACCCCUCGUCCUGGACGUAGUGGUUGUUAGCUUCCUCCGUCAGGUCGGCCUCCUAAAGUCCUUCAGUAACGUGUUUGUGUGGAUUUCCUUCUGCUUCAUUAUAGUGUUCAGUACCUGAUGCAUGUCGCAGUUCAUGAUGAGAAGUCAGUAGUUGAGAGGAAGGUAAUUGCAAAUGGUUUAGUCGAUUCGUUGGAUUCCAUCUAUAUAACCUGUGGUGUUUGUUGUACAUAAGAUCCAGGAAAUAGAACGAUUGGUUGGUAAAUAUAUUUUUACUGAAUAUUUAAAAUUACAGGUGAGGUAUGCAGGCAUUUUGAAUAAGUAGUUGUUUUUUUUUUGCCCUGCGGAGGGCGCUAUAUGGGUUGUUUGAAGUCUCUGUUAAUAUUUGGGACUGGGUUGUUGUUGCCAGUUAAUCCAACUGUGUCAAUUAGUUCAAACUUUUUUCCACAAGAACAAGUCAAACAUGUAGCUUUAAAACUAGCUCCUGCACAACGGACAUUAAUCACAACUGGACAGGACAAGAUGGCGUCCUGUUGGAUAUUAAAGCACGACCUCCCUUUGUCUUGUAAACCUACUGCUUAAAAUUCUAUUUUUAGCUAGCUGAAGGGGUCAAUGCUACAGGAGCUGGGUUGAUAUAAGACGCUAAACCAAAAUUGUCAAGAACUCUUAACACUUGUCCACACACCUGUUCUCUCUGAAUGACUGCAUCUGACCUUCUGUGCCAAACCACGGUGUGGAGCAGUUGUAAUGGCGACGCCUCCUGAGGAGCUGACAGUCUGCAGCAGCCCAGGCCUCAGUUGACUUCUUUUCUAGUUGAGAAAUUCCUGCAUACUCUACCUUUUGCUGUUACCUCUUAUCUUAUCUGACAACACAAACGGCGUCUCCUCCAAACAGGUUAACACAAAGGCUGGUGGUGUUUUUGCAUGUGCUGGUUGCCUCAGGUUGGGUGUAGCAGUUUGAUCCCAGAGGAUUGAGAUCCCGCUUCUUUCACUGAUUAAAACGGGAGCGAGUCAGACCUGUUCUGUAGCUGCAGCUCUCCGGGCACAGAGCGUCGACUCAGCAGACUCAGGCUCGACUCCAAACUGCCGUUGACACAAAUGGGUGGGAAACCUGCAUUUAGAUUUUGAAACUGCUUAAAAAAAAGAAGCUUAACAGCAAUAGGACAGUGUUUUAUUUAUUUACAGCCGUAUUGAUGACUGCUAAACUACGUUAGCACUUUGCUCAAGCAUUCACAUUUCUGCAAUGUUCAUUUAGUUUCUUGUUUAUCUUACUGUGUGAUGUAGCCUCGAGAACGUCCAACACAUGUCAACUCCUGGAAUUUAUGGAUUUGUUAGAAAAUCUAAAUUCUGUAUUUAUUUUACUUUGUAUUGGUAGAAAUGAAUAGAAAAACUGUGGACCGAUGGAAAGCUGCUACAUUUGACCGUUUCUCAGUUCAACAAGUGAUUUACCAGAAUUAAGAAGUGAGAAAAACUUUUCUUUCAGGCUGGAGCUGGAAGGUGUGGCUGAACAGUCAGUACCAGUAGAAACCCACCUGGUGCAGGUGGUGCUACUGUGUAUGAUGUAGCGUAGUACUUGACAGGAAAUGUGCUAGAUUUUUUUUGUCUUAACGUUUUGACCAAGACAUGCAUAACAUUUGUGCUGCAGGAUUUGACAAACCUGGUAUUAACGUUAUAAUCCAGUUGCUUGACCUCGUAAAACUAUCCCUGCGAGCCAAAUUUGGGUAGGUGUCCACCAUUUGAGGAACAAUGAUUAAAGGUCAGAAAGACAGGCAAGGAAAAAAAGCUGAGGAACAGCACAGAUACAUUUCUUCUUUAGUAAAAUAUAAGAGUUUAUUUUUGUUUCAUUUGUUUUCUGGGGGGUUUUUUGUUGUUUUUUUUUCCUCGUUCGGUGGAAGUGAAUCUCAAAUCGACAGUUUGUGAUUGUUCUUUUAUCAGUAGUUGAAGCUUUGAAGUGUUUUAUUUACACUGUUGAAAACGCUGCAUCUCUUUACUUCUUUACGUAUUCCCAAGUGGGGGGUGGCAGACUUGGAUCUGGACCAUGACAGUGAAGACGUGGAGAUGUGCAUGUUUUGGUCAGGAGUCAUUUCUACUUUUCCAGCUAAAGCAUACGUGCCUUUAUUCUUCCAAGUAUCUUUGCUUUUGCAAGGUUAAAAAGUCUAAAAACUCUAUUUGAGUGUAACUGUCUCCACAGCAGAGAACGAAUGUCAAAGGGUUUACAUGUGACGUGAUGAUGUCAUCAUGAACGGGUACAGAAACAUUUAUGUUCAUGUUUAAACCAAAGGGAUCAAAUGAAGGUUUUGCCAAAAUGGAAAAAAAAAAAAUCCUGAAACGCAUUUUUCAAACAAAGUGAAAUGGAGAUAUUUGAGGUGUGAUGUUUGUCUCUGCAGGACGACUUCCUGUGCUUCCUGAGAGUCUGUGUCAGACACGUGCAUGUCGUUGGUGUCAUGAUGAAUUUGGAUCUUUUCUAGUUUUGUUUUCCUCUCCAUCACUUUGUCUUCUGUUAGAAAGUCAGUGUUAAGUUUAAUAAAGAUUUUUCACCGUCA